UAUAAGAAGAGGGGUUACUUUUCACCAAAAAAGGAACAGAGAUUCAAUUUUACUGCAAUGACAGAAGUGGCCUUAACUUGAAAUACAAAAGAGUAUUCUUUAUUAAAAAGAAAGACGGAGAGCAUUUCGAUGGCCAUGAAGAAUCCAUCUUCUUCUCUCUGUCCACAGUUGACCCUGCUGGUAAUCAUAAUAUUCAGCAGGAUCAACGGCCAGGAAUUCACGAUCCAAGAAGCAACCAUCGAAGGGAUCCAAAGGGCUUUCGAGGAAAACAAGCUGACAUCAAGACAGUUGGUAGACUUUUACUUGCAACGGAUUGAAAUUCUAAAUCCAAUUCUUCGCAGCGUCAUAGAGGUGAAUCCAGAUGCACAGGAUCAAGCGGACGAGGCUGAUCGGCAGAGGAAAGGCAAUCAGGGGCGUUCCUUGUACGGAGAGUUGCACGGUAUCCCUGUGCUGGUGAAGGACUCGAUAGCUACCAAGGACAAGCUGAACACGACGGCUGGGUCUUACGCGCUGCUGGGUUCGGUGGUCCCAAGAGAUGCGGGCGUGGUGAAGAAGCUCAGAGAGGCUGGGGCUGUGAUUUUGGGGAAAGCUAGUCUGACGGAGUGGUAUUCUUUUCGUGGUUUGGGUCAAAUACCAAACGGUUGGUGUGCACGAGCAGGACAAGGUGUGAAUCCUUAUGUACGGUCUGGAGAUCCAUGUGGCUCAAGCAGUGGAUCAGCCAUAUCAGUGGCUGCCAACAUGGUCACUGUGUCAAUUGGUAGUGAUACUCACGGCUCCAUACUCUGCCCUUCUGACCACAAUUCUGUUGUAGGGUUGAAGCCGACAGUUGGACUUACUAGCCGUGCCGGGGUCAUUCCUGUUUUGCCACGCCAUGACACCAUUGGGUCGAUGAGCAGGACAGUAAUGGAUGCAGUUUAUGUACUUGAUGCAAUCGUGGGUUUUGAUCAACAUGAUUAUGAAGCAACAAAGGAAGCUGCCAAGUUCAUCCCGCCCGGUGGUUAUAAACAAUUUCUAAAUUUGGAUGGGAUCAGAGGAAAGAGAUUGGGGGUCGUUAGGAGUCCGUUCAUAGACUCUUUAAACAAAUCCUCAGUUAGUCAAGCUUUUGAGAAUCAUUUGAACACAUUAAGAGAAAGAGGUGCAACUAUAGUGGACAAUCUUGAAAUUGAAAACGUGGAUGUGAUUCUGAGUCCCAAGCGAAGUGGUGAACUCACAGCAAUGCUGGCAGAGUUCAAGCUCUCCUUAAAUGAUUAUCUAAAAGAGCUUAUUGCUUCUCCAGUGAGGUCUCUUGCUGAAGUUAUUGCUUUCAACAACAAUAACCCUGAUUUGGAAAAGACUAAAGAAUAUGGUCAGGCCACUUUCAUCGCAUCGGAGAAGACAACCGGGUUUGGAGAGAAGGAAAGGGAGGCAGUUGAGUUGAUGAAAAAUCUUUCAAGAGAAGGAUUUGAAAAACUGAUUUUGGAAAAUGCAUUGGAUGCAUUGGUGACGCCAGGAACGGGUGCCAUUGCCGUAUUAGCAAUUGGUGGUCAUCCUGGAAUCACUGUGCCAGCUGGUUAUGACAAAAAUGGCAUGCCAUUUGGAAUCUGCUUUGGGGGUUUAAAGGGCACAGAACCAAAGCUAAUUGAGACUGCUUAUGCUUUUGAACAAGCAACCAAGGUCCGUAAGCCUCCAUUUUCAAUAUCAUUUAAAAUGGAUGACAAAGAUCUCUUCGGAAUUUGUUGAACUGGUUUAGUUGCUCGAGUCGUUUGGUGUUGAAUGGUGAUAGUUUGAGCUGUUUGACGGUAUUUAUUGAGCAAUCUGAGGUCUCCUUGAAGAGGAAGACAAAAUUACCAAUAAUUGAAACCCUGCAUUAUGGAAGAUUUCAAUGGGAAAAUUCCAUACGUAACGCUAAAUGGGUAGAAAUUCAAUGUAUAACAGGGUAAACCUUUCUCAUCCUCUAUCAUUCUAUUUUUCCACUGCCAUUAUCAAAUGUAGUAAAGUUUUAGGAAAAGGAAAACCCUCAGAAAAAGGAAACAGAAUGAAUUGUAAAUUAGUAACUUGGAAAGGAUAGUGGGACCCAGCCUAAUUGCUACCCCAAUAUUAAACUGACAUGUGGAUCAACAAAUCCUCAUUACAGACAAGAAUUACGAAAACUCGUGAGAUUUCAUAUUCACACAGAACAGUUUGUUGUUUUCUUUGAUACU